AUGAGGAAAGAAAAAGUUGGGCCUAUCAUUGUAGGUGCAGGACCCUCUGGACUAGCAGCCUCGGCUUGCCUUAAACAACAAGGUGUAUCUUCCCUUAUCCUUGAGAAAAGUGACUGCAUUGCUUCUUUAUGGCAACAUCGGACGUAUGAUCGUCUAAAACUCCAUCUUCCCAAGCAGUUUUGUCAACUCCCACUCCUUGGGUUCCCUCAAAACUUCCCCAAGUACCCGACCAAACACCAGUUCAUCUCUUACAUGGAGUCCUACGCUUCACAUUUCUCAAUCCAACCGAGGUUCAACCAGGCGGUGAUGAACGCCGAGUUUGAUCACGUUACGGCAUCUUGGAGGGUUAAAACUCAAGACUCCGAAUACAUUUCAAGGUGGCUCAUUGUUGCCACUGGUGAAAAUGCCGAGCCUGUAAUUCCGGACAUUUCGGGUAUCAAUAUGUUUAAGGGUAACGUCCUUCAUACGAGUUUAUACAAGUCUGGCUCCGAGUUUGAAAACCAAAGGGUUUUGGUUAUCGGAUGCGGUAACUCCGGCAUGGAAGUCUGCUUGGACCUUUGUCGAUACAAUGCAGUUCCUCAUUUGGUUGUUCGAAACACAGUGCAUGUACUGCCGAGGGAGAUGUUCGAAUUCUCGACAUUUGGUAUAGCCAUGGCACUUCUCAAAUGGCUCCCUGUGAAGCUAGUGGACAAGUUGCUUUUGCUGGUAUCCAACUUCACCUUGGGCAACACGGAUCAAAUGGGUCUCCGGCGGCCGAAAACGGGCCCGAUUGAGCUCAAGAAUGUCACCGGAAAGACUCCGGUGCUCGAUGUCGGUGCACUAUCACAAAUAAAAUCUGGUAAAAUCAAGGUAAUGCAAGGUGUCAAGGAGAUCACACGAAAUGGAGCCAAGUUCAUGGAUGGACAAGAAACCGAGAUUGAUUCAAUCAUAUUGGCAACCGGAUACAAAAGCAACGUGCCUACGUGGCUCAAGGGGUGUGAUUUUUUCACCAAAGAUGGCAUGCCGAAAACGCCGUUUCCUAACGGAUGGAAAGCGGGGAAGGGAUUGUACACAGUCGGGUUUACAAGAAGAGGGCUUCUAGGAACGGCUUCUGACGCCGUUAAGAUUGCUAGAGACAUAGGUGAACAAUGGAGCAUGAGAAGCAAUGAGAAGGCAAUUGGUGUGACUGAACACUUCAGUGCUGUAAGUACCCAUUCCUUAGCAGCGUUGAGGUGGGUUUUGAUUUUUGAAAUCAACAGGGUGGCGCGUGCAUUAAACGCGAAGAUGCAGGUGGAUGGCGGGAACUCGGGGAUCGAUGCAGGGGCGUAUCUAUGCAAUGCAGCUGACAGCAGAUGGGAGAAGAAAUGCCAAAGAGAGCCAUUCCCAUGCCAGCUUUACCAAACACAUUUGGGUGAAUAUUCGAUCGAGUCAAAUAAUUCAGCCCCUCCAUCGGGAAGACGAAGGUGGCUUCACCUCAUCGAAACCAAAUUUGGAGAGUGGAUCAUGUUGUGUAUACCCCCUGAUUCCUUCGUCUUCGCGGUCGGAUAUCUUACGGCGUGGAGUAAGAGAAGAAUGUUUGCAGGGAAGCAUAGGGUGAUGCUGAACAGAGACAAAGGUCGGUGUUCUUUGGGAGCAUUUGUGGUUCCGAAGGAGGAUGGUUCAUUGCGAAUUGACUCAGCUAAGAAGCUGUUUUCAUAUGCUGCUCUACCAUGA